GAUUAUAAUUAAGUCCUUCGGGGAGUGGUGAAGUCCAUAAUUUUUUAAUAAUUCAAAUAAGUCCUCCAUUUCAUCUGCCUUUUUCCUAUUCCAACUAGACUACCCACCAAUGUCGAACUUCUACGACAAGGUUACUGGCAAAGGUUGGUUGCGCCGCCACGACGGAGUGGCUGCGUUCACCGUCACUGAAGUGGCAGCCACUCUCACAGUGGCGACACUAGUAAUUAUCUUUUUUUCAUGGUUGGUUAAGAAACUCAUCAUCAAAACCAAGCCGUCGCUGCCACUGCCACCAGGCCCGAUAGGCUGGCCGAUAAUCGGCCACCUCCUUUUCAUCAAACCCGAUUUCCUCCAAUACGUAACCAAGCAAUCCCAAAUCCACGGCCCUAUCAUCAAGCUUCAGCUGGGAAGAAAAGUUUACAUCAUCAUAAGCUCACCAUCAAUUGCAAAACAAAUCCUCAAAGACCACGACGCCAUCUUCGCCAACCGCGACAUUCCGGUUGCGGCCAUAAAAGGAACCUUCGGCGGGCUCGACAUUGUGUGGAGAUCCAACGGCCCAGAAUUACACAAGCUACGGAAGCUCGUCGUAAGUGAAAUCACGAGCAACAAAAGCCUCGAUGCUUGCUACGAGUUCCGCCGACGAGAGAUCCAAUAUAUGGUGAAGAAUAUCCAUGGGAAAAUCGGGUCACCCAUUAACCUCAGUGAACAAAUAUUCUUAACAGCGUUCAACGUUACAAUUAACAUGCUAUGGGGUGGUUCGCUGAACGGAGAAGAAUCGAACCUUGGGCUUGAAUUUAGGGAUCAAUUCAAGGUAUUUGUGAAAUUGAUGGUAGAACCCAACAUUUCUGAUAUGUUCCCGAUGCUUAGGCCAUUCGAUUUACAAGGAAUUGAAUCCAAGGCCAAAAAGCAUAUUUCAUGGUUUUAUGGGUUUUUCGAAUUGGUGAUAGAGCAACGAAAGCUCGGAGAGGGACCAAAAAUGGCUGAUAGUAAGGAUUUUUUGCAGCAAUUGUUGGAGCUGAACCAAACAGGAGAUGUCAAAACUUCAUUAUCCAUGAAGGAAAUAAACGCUAUGCUGCUGAAUAUUGUAAUCGGCGCUACGGACACAACAUUUACAACAAUAGAAUGGGCGAUGACAGAAUUACUACGACACCCAAAUAAAUUGCAAAGAGUAGUUGAGGAAUUGGAUGCAAUAAUCGGUGACCAAAACAUUGUUGAAGAGUUUCAUCUUCCUCGCUUAUUCUAUUUAGAAGCUGUGGUGAAAGAGACGUUACGAAUUCACCCACCGGCUCCUUUGCUAAUGCCACACAUGUCGAGUGAGACCACUAUCAUAGCCGGUUACACUAUCCCUAAAAAUUCUAAUAUUUACUUCAACGUGUGGGCAAUACAAAGGGACGCCGAGUUCUGGGAAGACCCACUUCAAUUCGAGCCGGAAAGGUUUUUGAAUGUCAUUGAGAAAAGGAAUUAUAAGGGAAAUAGUUUCGAUUUUUUCCCGUUUGGAUCGGGGAGGAGGAUUUGUGUUGGGAUUUCAAUGGCAGAGAAAAUUAUUAUGCUGAUGUUGGCGACGUUGUUGCAUUGUUUUGAAUGGGAAUUGCCAAACGGGCGAAAACCUGAUGUGAAAGAGAAACUACAUUUGUUAUUGUCAAAGGUAGAGCCGCUUGUUGUCGUGCCUAUUUCACGUUCCUCUAAGUGGCGACAUUGUGGUUAAAACAUGCUUUAUGUCACUAUACUCUUAAUAACUUUGGAAUUUAAUACUUGUUAUUUUAUUUCCAUAAAUUUAUUUCUCUACUUUUUUUUAUUAGUAUUGUAAUAACCAUUUUCUAUUCGAGUUAUGCUCAUAUCUAGGUUAAUUUGAAUAUCUUUUCAGGUUAAA